ACACACUUCUGCGCGUUAAGAAGCUUCAUUUUGGAAAGCAGUGUCUUUAGAUUUUAUUUGGUGUUACGUGAAAGGAAGAAAAAACUGGAGAUGAAACUGUUUCUGCUCCUCGUCAUCUCCUGCCUCGCCUUAAAUAACGGACAGGGAGCACCCACAGGUGCUAGAUAUAAAUUUGUAAAGUGUAACCCUGAUGGCGACCAGGCAAACUGUGUGACUUACCAAAGUCCAGAGAUGGCAUUGAGUCCAGACCUGCCAGCCAAACUGCCCGCUUCCACUGCACAGUAUCUAGAGGCAGAGCCUGUGGAGGAUGAGAGUCCAGUCGAGGACGAGGACGAAGAUCUAUUCGGAGAGGAGGAUGAAAAUGAUGAAGUGGAAGAGGAAGAGGACGAAUCACAGACAACCAGUGAAGACGGGGAGUCUCCUCUGGUGCCCGAGGAAGGUUCUGGUCUUUACGAAGGCUCUGGAUUUGAAGAUUCAUUCAUCGGAGACCAGGCUUUUGGGGCUGAAAUGGGCUCUGGGGAGUCCUGGCCAGAGAAAGACACAGAGCCAUUCAGAGGUGGACGGGCAGAUACAACGGAUAUGUGGCGGUACACCCGGUCUCUGCCUGAUGAGGCAAAACCAGCAGAGCACGAGAUGAAAGAAGACCACCUUCUGCAGCUGUAGACCCUAACCCUAACCCACACGCACACACAGACACACAUACAAGGCUAGCAUAUAAUUUGCUUCUAACCUCUCAAUCCAAAUAAUAUAACAGAUAUAGCAUCAUCACCUCGUGGUGGAAAAACUUGGUUGCUGAGAGAUCGACAAAGGCCAAAAUAUAUGUAAUUUAUAUUUUCAGUGUUAUUGAUGGGAUAUAUUCUCUUCAGGAGCAAAAUAACAAAGUAUAAGAAGCUAAAAGAAUGGUCUGCUUUCAUGAAACACACUGUACCCACUUUAGUUUGCUUUCUUGUGAAAAAGAAUUGUCUGUUGGGAAAUGUUUUUUUGAUAUACACUUUAAAGUAUGCUUUUGAAUAAUUGACCAGUGCAAUAUUGGAUAUCACCUUUGUCAUCUGUGCAUUGCUCACCAUUGUAGCUGAGGUUUUAACCAUUUUUUUGGAGCCAAUAAGGCAUGUGUUCCUUUAAAACACACAAAACUGGACCUAUUUAUAUAUUUGAUCCCUUUGUCUCAAAGGUUGUGACACUUAAUAUUUUUACCCAGGACAAUUAUGCAACCUAUUUUGAGAACUUCUGGUCUGUUAGAUGGAGCAAGAGAACCUUGCACACAAAAAGCCCUCAGGAAGAGAUUCACGCAAUCUUAACCACUGUAUGUAUCGUGCACUUGCAAUCCAUUUCGACCAUUCUGUCUAAUUUGCAUAUUAAAUACUUCUAUUAAUAAAAGAUUUAUAUCAACAGUGCUCUGUUUUCUAACUUUUCUGUUUUUUAUCUUCUCAGUCACCCUCAAUUU